CCUCAGUCUGAGGCACAGCUGAGCUGCAGAGCACCUUCGGGGUGUUUGCAGGCAGCAGCUGGAAAAGUUUCUUUGUUUAAAUGUCUUUUUUAAAUCGCCUGUUUGUGCUGCUGCCGAGCAUUUGGGCCAUGAAUCGGUAACACAGAUCGAGGAGCAGAGCCCGGCUGGAGGUUGAUUGACUGAGGAAGAGGAGGAGGGAUAAGGAACAAGAUCUUUAACCAAGUGACCGUGGUUUUGACAGAGCAAAGCCCGGCCAAUGAAAACGUGCUGUUCACUUAGAAACAAAAGGAGAACACUGAGGAGUAGGGCUGUGACCGCCAGCAUCCCGUGUGUCAGAGGGAAGGAAUACUGAUGCCAAUCUGCCUUGUGAUUGGCUGGAGUGAUGGCAGUCACCAUGGAGCAGAAGCUCAAAGGCGGCAGAAGGACGUCUGGGGUCAUAGUCCCACCGGAAGGCGGCUGGGGUUGGAUGAUCGUCGCUGGCUGUUUCCUCGCCACCAUCUGCAUCCGGGCAGUGACCAGAUGUGUUUCCAUGUUCUUUGUGGAGUUCCAGCUGCACUUUGAGAAAGAUUAUUCCACCACCGCCUGGAUCCACAGCCUGAUCGACUGCACCACCAUGCUUUGUGCUCCUCUGGCUGGUUUCCUUGGGAGCCGUUUCUCCUGCCGAGGGACGGUGAUUCUGGGAGGUCUGCUGUCUGCUACUGGUCUGAUCCUCAGCUCCUUCGCCACCAGUCUGGAAUAUCUCUACAUCUUCCUGGGCAUCCUCACAGGUCUUGGCUUUGCUCUCAGCUACACACCAGCCAUAGCGAUGGUUGGGAGGUACUUCAAUGAGAGGAAAGCUCUGGCCUAUGGCAUCGCCCUGUCUGGUAGUGGCAUUGGGACCUUCAUCCUGGCUCCUGCAGUCCAGAUGCUUAUAGAGCAUUACUCUUGGAGAGGAGCUCUGCUUAUCCUGGGAGGAUUUGUUUCCAACCUGUGUGUGUGUGGCGCUCUGAUGAGGCCACUGGAGCCAAGAGGAGGUCAAAGGAUAUGGGCGAACAACAUGACUAAUGUGGAGCAAGACAUGACAACAGCGCUGGACUCCAAAGACACUGAACAAGUACCUGCUGAUUGCAGCCAAAUAGAGCCAAAGCAGCUGGAAAGAAACAACUUAAAGGAUAUUCAAGAGCUACUCAUAGCCAAUGGAGCGCUCAAAAACAUUGGGCUUGAAAACAACAGACUAGGUCAGGGGAACAUAACACUGCUUUCAAGGCCAACAGAUUUGAAGAUAGCAGAAUGCAUUUUAUUUAGCAACAAGCUAACAGAGACGAUGCUAGGGGAGGUCAAACGCUCAGAUUCUAAAUCAGUAAAUGGCAGCACAAUUGAAGAUAUGAAAUUGGUGGAAAGCAUGAACUUCAACAAUAAGUCAGCUGACAUGGAUGCUAAGAGAGAAAACUCAGGACUGAUUGAAGCCAAACCAACAGAUGCUCGUCAGUCAGAUAAAGAUGUUAGCCCUCCCCCAGGGCCUCUAGUGAACACAAAAACUUCGUCCAGAGGUAGCCGUUUUUGCCCCGUGUCAAGGGAGGAGUUUGGAUUUCUUCUGACACCCGACUUCCUGAUUCUGUCUGUGUCCUUCCUGUUUUUGGCGUACGGCUGCAGCGCUCCAGUCGUUUACCUCGUCCCUUACGCCCUCAGUGUUGGGGUGGAGCACCAGCACGCUGCCUUCCUCGUGUCCAUAUUUGGAGUCAGCGGCAUUGUGGGGAACAUCACCUUUGGAUGGAUCACGGAUAGGAAGUGUCUGAAGAAGUAUCGCAUGUUGAGCUACAUGGUGGCGAUUGGCAUGGAGGGCCUCUGCUGUAUGUUCAUCCCCCUCCUCCACUCCUUCUCCCUCCUGGUCCCAUUUUCUGUGCUCUACGGGUACUUUGACGGAGCAUAUGUAGCGCUCAUCCCAGUGGUGACUUCUGACGUUGUGGGCUCCACCUAUCUCACCUCCGCUUUGGGUGUGGUCUACUUCCUGCAUGCAAUCCCCUACCUGGUCAGCCCACCAAUAGGAGGUUGGUUAGUAGACAGGACGGGCAACUACGCAGCAACCUUCUUCCUCAGUGGGGCUUCCUUCAUGUUCAGCUCUCUGGUCCUAGUAGCUACUAUGUUCGUCAGACGCUGCCGGAGGUCCAAGUUUAACUCAGCUGCACAGUUAAGGUCCAAUCACACUGCUGCUGCAGCUGAGCAGGACAUCAUAUGAUGUGCCAGUCAUGAUGCUGCCUUUCCAUCUGCGCUGAUGUGCACCUCACCACUGCUGGGGUGUGGAUUUUAUCAAGGAAUAUAACACGGGUGCUAUUUUGAUGUGAAUCAUUUGUCGCUGUUUUUUUUUGUGCGUAGGUCCCAGAGCUCAGGUUCAACAACAACAGUGCUCAGAAGAACAAAAGACCAAAGAACCUGUGCCUUCUUUAAAAUAACUACUGUAUGUUGUGACUUUGAGACACAGAUCAUGUUAUAAUGACUUGUUAUUUUUAGAAUUUUCUCUUUGUUGUUGAAUGUGGAUAUUGUUUUUGUCAAACCAAAGGGUUUGACAAAACCCAAAACACUUUGUUCAAGCCAAAAUUUUCCAUUAACACUGACAAGCUUUAGUGAGCUUUCCAUUAACAUGGGGCUGUACAAACUGUUCACACCAAUUUAAUAUUGAUUAUCAAGUGUUGCUGUUAUGAUUUAAACUGUUAAUUGAAUCGUUUCCAAACCUUAAUUUCCAAAGUUCUCAUCUUCCCAAAUGAUUAUGUUUAACAGUUCAUCACUACUACUUCGAUUCAAAACAUUAUCAAAAAUAAUGAUACUCCGGUUCUAGUAGACAUUUUGUAACAUUGCUUAUGUGAUUUCUGUGUUUGCCUCACUGGCUGUAAGUUUGCUGCUGUGUUUGUGUCAUAUCAGAGGAAGCAGAAGAAUGUCAUUCAUUUGUAUGUAUAAUGAACAUGUAAAUAAAGUGAUAUUAUUUUAUGGUUAGUGGCAGAUGCAGAGGAGCAAAAUACUGCAGACACACUUUUGCUUUUCAUUAAUAGUGAGAUGAAAGGCUGCUGACCAAAUAAAAUGUUAGUGAUAGACAGAGAAAUUCAUUGCUUCUUCUCAGUUUACCAUGAAUUUAUAAUCAGUCAUUAACAAACUAAAGUGGAUAUUUCUCUUCAAGAAUGUUUGACUCUAUUAAUGUGAAAACAAAUAGUUUUUAUACCUCAAAUUAUCACUAACUGUGGUUGUAACAAUAUGAAACUGUCUUUUUAGCUUGUGCUCCUCCAGAGCGUGCACCACUGGAGCUGGUCUCCAGGUAUAAAUAUUUGGAAAAAGCAAUAUAUAUAUCCAGUGACUAGUGAUACAAGUGAUGACUUGAAGGACAUGAGAAGAAAUCUAGCUAAAAAUAACAUAGGUAACGUUUAUUUGAUUUAAAUUUUGUGAUUUGAUUUUAUGAUUUUAAUGUUCACUUUGCCUGUGAUAUGACUUGUAUCUCUAUACAUUAAUGUUAUACACAUAUCAAAAGAUACCAGACAUUUCAAGCAAAUAAAAUGUAUGUGUCGGCCCUCAGGCCAACACGUAUCGUGUAGGCUCAUCUUUUUGAAGGUUCGCAACCAACCAAAAAGUACAAAUGACAACCUGCAACUGUAACGCACAAAAACAUUUUCCUUGCAGUAUUAUGUACUGUAACUUUCAAACUGUGUAAUCUCUUACAGUGAUCUUUAACCUCUUUGACAAUAACAUUAAAGAUAUAAAUCCAGA